UUUCAGCGGUUGGUCUGAUGCUGCUGGGGUCAGAGCGUGAGAAUUCUGAAACCAGGGUUUUCAUCUGCAAGCCCUUCUCUCAAUUGGGUUGUUUCUAAUUUUUGAAGCAGAUAAAAAUCUGAGAGAUCUCUCGUGGAAAACUAGAGAGUAAAAAUGAUGAGGAUGAAGACGAAGACUACAGGGGUGUCAUUGGCCGAGUUGAAUGGAAGUUCGGGCGGCGGAGGAGCUGAGUCGGGCCAGGGAGAGUGGGAGCUCAGACCGGGAGGAAUGCUGGUUCAGAAGCGAAAUCCGGACUCUGAUCGGAACUCGGCGCCUCCACCGACAAUUAGAGUUCGGGUCAAAUAUGGGUCCAUUUACCAUGAAAUGAGCAUCAGUGCUCAGUCUUCUUUUGGGGAUUUGAAGAAAAUGCUGGUUGGACCGACAGGUUUGCACCAUGAAGAUCAGAAAUUGAUAUUCAAAGACAAGGAGAGGGACUCGAAGGCGUUUCUUGACAUGUCCGGGGUGAAGGACCGGUCGAAAAUGGUGUUAGUUGAGGACCCUAUUAGCCAAGAAAAGCGAUAUCUUGAGAUGCGACGCAAUGCAAAGAUGGAGAAGGCUUCGAAGUCGAUUUCUGAAAUCAGCUUGGAAGUAGACAGGCUUGCUGGCCAGGUGUCGGCUCUUGAAUCAAUAAUCACGAAAGGUAAAAAAGUUGCAGAGCAAGAUGUGCUUGUUUUAAUUGAGCAGUUGAUGAACCAGUUGCUUAAAUUAGAUGGAAUCAUGGGCGACGGAGAUGUGAAACUGCAGAGGAAGAUGCAGGUAAAACGCGUGCAGAAGUAUGUCGAAACUCUAGAUGUAUUGAAAGCUAAGAACUCCUCGCCUAGCAGCAAUGGAAGUCAGAUUCCAAAGCAGGUUCAGCAGAGGCAUUCAGAUGGUCAUUCCAAUGGGAAUGGACAUAGACUGGCACCAAUUCAAGAGCAUCAACCGAGGAAUUCGGUUGAUUAUCCGCCUACACAUAAUCAGCAAGAACAACCAUCAAGGCAUUCGGCAUCAGGGCCGGUAGUCGUGACCACACAGUGGGAGACAUUCGAUUCUGCCCCGGCAUUGAUCCCAACCUCUUCAACAUCCAAAGCCGCCAAUCAAUCUCCGUACCCUAAGUUUAAUUGGGAAUCGUUCGAGUAAGCCGCCAUAUACAAUGUAUUGUUUGUGUGUGUGGAUGUGUUUUGAUAUUGUCGUCUCCGAUGGGUUUGCUAUAUCUUCUACAUUCUUUUCUGUACUUAGAAAAUAUUUUCAACCCCUUUCAAUCUGCCAUUUAGGUCAUCAGAAAUAAAUGGGGCUUAUUACGAUAGGGAUUUAUUAUCAAUAUGUUCUUUCUCGAAUUCUGUUGUCCUUGAAUUCGUUUUCCAUUUUCUGUGGUUCUGGUUUUUCUUAUACUCUAUAAAGUUGGCUAUCUGUAUAUUUGUUACUAGAGGAAUUUAGUGUCGAAACUUUCAGAUCUA